AUGUUUGGAGAUGGACAUCCAGUUGUCACAUUCCAUCAAUUGAGAAAUUGGGCUGAAUGCCAUCAUUGGGAAGGAUUCAAGGUUGCUAACUUUGAAAAAUAUGAUUUCUCUAAGGAUUCAUGCUUGUAUUUCUCUUGGGGUAAAUAAAAGGCUUCAACUCUAAGUCUUUCUUAUUUGGUUGUUAUUGACAUGUUUAAUGCCUUGAAUGCCUUAUCUGAAGUAUAUUUAUUGUAUUAAACUCUUUCUAGGAUGGAUGA